AUGGGUGUUAUAAUAUAUUCGCUCUACAACGGAACACACGUCUCUAGAACCUCCAACCAUCCACAACGCCAAUCAAAACCCCUAUACCGUGAAGAACAAAGACUAUCAUACAACUAUACUUAUUCUUCAUUAUCAUAUCCAAAGCAAAACCAUAACUACAACCAACCAUAUAGCCACACACAAUUAGACGAUACCGGUUACAUCCGUCAUCGACAACAACCGUUUUCCGAACCUCGUUUCACAGUAAGGAUCAUUGUACCAGAUAAACAACAAAACUACAUGCCUCAAACACCCAGGGGUCUUCCACGUGUCAUAACUGGAAUCAUCAAUGAUCAAGAUGGUGAUUCAGAUAUCUCAUCUAAUUAUCGUGAAAGAAAAAUCAUAGUCUCAAAUAUGCUACCAUUACACAUCCAACGAGACCCAGAUACCCUAAAGUUAACCUUCAGUUUCGAUGAAGACUCCUUAUAUUACCAACUAAAAGACGGAUUUACCCCUGAGACUGAGAUUAUUUACGUGGGUUCACUCAAGGUCGAAGUAGACAUUAGUGAGCAAGAAGAAGUCGCUCAAAAACUACUCGAUGAAUUCAACUGUGUCCCCACUUUUCUCCCUCACGACCUUAACAAAAAAUUCUACUCUGGUUUCUGUAAACAACAACUAUGGCCACUUUUUCACUACAUGCUGCCCAUCUGCCCGGAUCAUGCUGACCGAUUUGACCGAGUUCUUUGGCAAGCUUACGUGUCAGCAAACAAGAUUUUUGCAGAUAAAGUCAUGGAAAUUGCAGAUCCGGAAUACGAUUACAUCUGGAUUCAUGAUUAUCAUCUCAUGAUCUUACCAACAUUUUUAAGAAAACGUUACAAUCGAGUGAAAUUAGGGUUUUUCCUCCAUAGCCCUUUUCCCUCUUCUGAAAUCUACAGAACUUUACCUGUGAGAGAUGAAAUUCUCAAAGGACUUCUCAAUUCCGACUUAAUCGGAUUCCAUACUUUCGAUUACGCUCGUCAUUUCCUUUCCUGUUGCAGUCGAAUGAUGGGAUUGGAUUACGAAUCCAAACGUGGACAUAUCGGACUCGAUUACUUUGGUCGAACAGUUUACAUCAAGAUUCUCCCCGUUGGAAUCCACAUGGGGAGAUUGGAAUCGGUUUUGAAUCUUCCAAUUACGUUACAAAAAGUCAAAGAAAUCGCAGAGCGUUACAAGGGUAAAAAGGUAAUUGUCGGGAUUGACGACAUGGAUAUCUUCAAAGGGAUAAGUCUCAAGCUCCUCGCGUUUGAAUACCUCUUAAAUCACCAUCCUGUUCUUCAAGGUAACAUCGUUCUAAUCCAAAUCGUGAAUCCGGAAAGAAGUUCAGGAAAAGACGUACAAGAAGCGAAACGUGAAACGUAUUUGAUUGUAAACCGGAUCAAUGAACGAUUCGGGUCGCCCGAUUACAAACCCGUGGUUCUAAUUGACCGACCCGUUGCCCGUUGGGAAAAAUCCGCUUACUAUUCAAUGGCGGAUUGUUGCAUAGUCAACGCAGUUCGUGACGGAAUGAAUCUAGUCCCGUAUAAAUACAUCGUCUGCCGACAACAUUCCCCAUAUUUCGAUGAAAUUAAGGAACAUGAAAAACCUCGUACAAGUAUGUUAGUUGUCUCUGAGUUUAUCGGGUGUUCCCCGUCUCUAAGUGGGGCAAUCCGGGUCAACCCGUGGGACAUCGAAUCAGUUGCCGGAGCUAUAACUUCUGCCAUAACAAUGAAAGAACCCGAAAAGCAAUUGCGACACGAAAAACAUUAUCGUUACGUCAGCUCACAUGACGUGUCAUAUUGGGGUCGUAGUUUCAUGCAAGAUUUAGAAAGAGCUUCGAAAGAUCAUUAUAACAAACGGUGUUGGGGAAUCGGGUUUGGACUCGGGUUUCGGGUCGUUUCUCUUUCUCCUAGUUUUAGAAAACUAUCUCCUAAUUACAUCGUUUCCGCGUAUAAAAAAUCCAGCAGAAGGGCGAUCUUUUUGGAUUACGACGGAACCCUAGUUUCUCAAUCGGCGAUUGUAAAAUCCCCCGGCGAUGAAAUCAUAAAUAUUUUGAGUAUUUUAUGUAACGAUUUAAAGAACACGGUGUUUAUCGUUAGUGGAAGAGGGAGAAAAUCGUUGGCUGAGUGGCUUGCGCCGUGUGAGCGGCUAGGGUUAGCCGCCGAACAUGGGUAUUUCACAAGGUGGAGUAGGGGUUGUGAGUGGGAAUCUAGCCUUCCGUGUACAGAUCUUGAAUGGAUAGAGGUGGCUGAACCGGUGAUGAGACAGUAUACAGAAGCAACCGACGGUUCAAAUAUUGAAAUUAAAGAAUCCGGUUUAGUUUGGCACCACCAAGACGCCGACCCGGAUUUCGGUUCUUGCCAAGCAAAAGAGCUAUUAAUCCAUUUGGAAAACGUGCUUGCUAAUGAACCGGCUGUGGUCAAACGUGGUCAACACAUAGUUGAAGUUAAACCACAGGGGGUGACGAAGGGACUAGUGGCGGAGAAAAUUCUAUCAACAAUGGUGGAGAAAGGAGAAAGGCCGGAUUUCGUGAUGUGUAUUGGGGAUGAUCGAUCAGAUGAAGAUAUGUUUGAAAGUAUUAGAAAUACGGUUUUGAAUGCUUCGUUGAGUUGCGUGACUCCCGAAAUAUUCGCGUGUACGGUUGGACGGAAACCUAGUAAGGCCAAAUAUUAUUUGGAUGAUACCGCGGAUGUUAUAAAGUUGUUGGCUGGCCUUGCAAAUGCUUCGGAUCCAAAACCCGGGAGUAUCCCACGUUUUCAGAUUUAA